AUAUUUUUUGAUAACAAUAUGAUGAUACUAAAUCAGUGCCACCAAAAAUGCAAACGUUAAAAUUAUAUAUUUUCCCAGAUAUUUGUCCCUACUGCGGACGUCCCGCAGUCGUUGAUUCUCUAUAUUAAGAAGUGUCCCUCCAGUAAUUCGGAACUCCAGUAGUACUCCCGCGUUGGACGUGAAAACAGCAACACCGUUCUAAUAAUGGUCUGUAAAUUAUUUUCUUUUAGAAUAUAUGUGAUAUACCUAUGUUGAUCAAGUUAUUAUGUAAAAUCCUGGUCCCUGGAUUAUAUUUAUGAAAUAUAUUUAGUUAUACUUAUAUUUUUUAUUUGUGAAACGCAUUUUAUUUUUCUUCUGAAUACUUGGAUUUAAAUAAAAUUUAAAUAAUUUUAAUUUCAUGUCGUAUUACUAUCAUUACUGGUAUCACGGGCAAUUGAAGCACAUAUUAGCACACAUACCGGAAGCUUAUUAAUGGUAUCGGAUCAUGAAAUAUUUGAAAGAAUUACUGAACUUAUGGAUACACCUGUAAGUGUUUUGUGCACAAAUCGAACAAUCAAAGAUUCUUCAAGUUCUUUAUUGGAAUUUUCAAAUAACAAGAUAAACAUUUUAACAAUUGAGAGACACUUAUUACAAAAUAUUAAAAUUGAUUGGGUUAAUAACAUUUUAUAUAUUUUAAUAGCAACAACAAACCUAGACACUAUCAACUAUAGUGUAAAAAUAUUAAACUUAAAGGAAAAUACAUUAGAAGAUCUACUUUUGUUGUUUUGUUCUAAACCACUCCAAAUAGAAGAGGAUCCUUGCUAAAUGUAAUUAUUUUGAUUAAUAUUAUUCGCAGAGUAUCAUUAUUGUUGUACUUAUUUAAUCGCAUUGAUAAUAGAUUUUUGUUUUGGAGCACAAAUAGGAUUGUAUUGUUUAGACUUAGAUAAAAAAGGAAACGACCUCAACAUUGAAAAGACAAACAUAUUAAUUUUAAAAAAAAGAAGAUAUUGGUCCAUUUUUAAUUGAUCAUUUAAAGUCACGUUUGUUGGUAUUACUCAGUAAGGAUAACACAAUAAUAUCUGUUUCUUUUUUGAAAUGGAACUGGUGUAGGGACCUAUUCUCUCCUUAAAUCGCUUUCCACAGGGUGCUACCACUGGGCGACUUCCACCUCCUGCUAAUCAAUCAUCACAUUUACUUAUUGUAUAACUUGUAAAUACAAAUUGUAAAUAUUGUGUUUUGUUCAAUAAAAAAAAAUAUAUGAAUAUGGUUAUGUCAAAGCAGUUAUUUAAUUUUUUAUGUUUUUUUACUCAA